CCGGAUCUGCCGCAUCCUUGUCGCCGGGCCGGCCGCGCAGUCCCUGCCGCGCUGGGCACCGCCGCAGCGGCAGCAUGCGGCCCCCGGCCGAGCCCCGCCGCCCCCCUCCGCUGCUCCUCGUCCUCCUCACGGUUUUCUUCCAGAACUUUGUGCUGUCCUUUGGAAAGGAGACAUUACAGACAACAGCAGUUACUCCACAGUUUCAGAAGAAUAUGGAUUAUGUAGAUUUUAUCUAUUUAAACAUUUUAGAAAAGAAAGUUCUUAACAAUUCUGAGGUUUCAGUUCAGUAUUUAUGUUCUAAGCCUUGUAUUGUUAGUUUAGAAGCAGUAGCUUCCUCCGAGUUCAGGACUGGUGUACCAGUGUAUAGAAGGAGAUGGAAGGAUGAGAAGAACCUUUAUGUUAGCAGAACUCGACAAGUACAGUUGAAAUUUCCAAGCAUCAUGGUUUACAGAGAUGAUUAUAUCAUCAGAAACUCCAUAAUAGUGCACAGUGUGAUACUGUACGCAUGGAUUAGCCACAAAUCAGCUAACAACUAUGGUGAUGAGCAGAAUGAAGACUACCAGGCUGCGGUUGCCAAGAAUUACACAUUUUUAGAGGCAGUUCCACCCUUUGAACGGCCAUAUAAGGACCACAAAGUUUGUCUUCAGUGGGGUGCUGACUAUUUGUGGAUGCUCCAGGCCAAUAGGAUACCUCAGUGCCCUCAUGAAACUGAUGGUGUCCAGGUUCUCGAAUUUAUAUAUGCUUCCAGUGGGGAAAAAACAGGAAUUGUGAAGAAAUUUGAACAGUUUGAAAACAGAGAACUUGAGACAGUCAGACAACAUCAGAUUGAUUAUCCCAUGUUCACCAUUUCAAUCUGGUUAUAUCUACUCCAUCACUGUGAAAAGGAUCUGUGUGGUAUACUCUAUUUUAUUGAUUCAAAAGAAAUGUAUGGUACUCCUGCUGUAUUUCUAAAUGAGGAAGGUUAUGUGCAUAUUCAGAUGCAUCUCAUGAGAGGGGAUGACCUUGCAGUGAAAACUAGCUUCAGCCUUCCUCUGAAGCAGUGGUUUCGACUGGAUCUCUCCUUUAAGGGUGGACAGAUCGAAGUAAGCAGUGUUGGGAAGAAUUUGAAAAGAUAUCAUCAUCAAUCUUUUACUUUUAGGGAAGAUUUCUAUUAUGAUGACACUGCUGGAUACUUCGUUCUUGGAGGCAGUGGGUAUGUGAAUGGUAUUGAAGCGUUCUUUGGACCUGUGAAGUAUUAUCGCCUCAAUGUGUUGGAAACAGAACAGAUUUCUAAUCCUCUUCAUGACAAAGACACAGUGGAACAAAUUGAACUUUACUACGAGAGAUGUAUGGACAUUCAAGAAAUAGUUUAUGAUUACAGAUAUAUUUUAAGGCAAGGCGAAAAAACACACAGAAGUUGUUACUAUGAAAACUAUUAUUUGGAGCUGAUUCACAAAUAUGGAGAAAAAUCCAAAUGUGAUGCUUUCAUGUGGGGAAAAGAGCUCAGGGAAAAGUACCACACCUUGUUCAAACUGUUACAAGAGAUGGAUUUCAGUAGUCCUGAUGAAGAUGGAAGUGAUACAGUUGUAGAAGUUGGCCGGAGGAUAUUUGAGAAGGUUGUGAAAGGUCUGUCCAGUGCCAAUGGCCUCAGCAAUUUGGGCACCUCUGUCCCUCUCCUGGUGGAUUCCAGUUGUUGUGGAUACCAUAAGGCUUCCUAUCUCCUUGCAGUUAUAUUUGAAACAGGCCUUGGUGUGCCUGUGGAUCGUGUAAAGGGACUGCUAUAUAGUUUGGUUGGUGCUCAGGGGAACGAGAGACUUUCUGUGAUGAAUCUUGGCUAUAAACAUUACCAAGGGAUUAAUAACUAUCCACUUGAUUUGGAGCUGUCAUAUGCUUAUUACAGCAAUAUUGCAAUAAAGACGUCCCUGGAUCAACACAAUAUAAAAGGGGAACAGGCAUUUGUUGAAACUGUAAGACUGAUGGAUGAUGAACUGCUAAAGGCUCAAACAAAAGAAAAUGGUGAUGUCUUUAUGUGGUUAAAACAUGAAGCAACAAGAGGAAAUGCAGCUGCACAGCAACGUUUGGCUCAGAUGCUGUUUUGGGGCCAACAAGGAGUGGCAAAAAAUCCUGAAGCUGCAAUAGAAUGGUAUGCAAAGGGUGCAAUAGAAACAGAAGAUCCAGUGUUGAUAUAUGAUUACGCCAUUGUAUUGUUUAAGGGUCAAGGUGUGAAAAAGAAUAUAAAACUCGCAUUGGAAUUGAUGAAGAAAGCAGCAGCCAAGGGCUUGCCUCAGGCAGUGAAUGGAUUAGGAUGGUAUUACCACAAUUUUAAAAGAGACUACAGAAAAGCAGCCAAGCACUGGUUAAUUGCAGAAGAAUUGGGAAAUCCAGAUGCAUCAUACAACCUUGGUGUCCUAUAUUUAGAUGGGAUUUACCCCGGAGUAUCUGGUAGAAAUCAAACAGUUGCUGCACGCUAUUUCUAUAAAGCUGCCCAAGGAGGACAUAUUGAAGGGACUUUGCGAUGCUCUCUGUAUUACAUCACAGGAAAUAUGGAAGACUUCCCUAGAGAUCCAGAAAAAGCUGUAAUCUGGGCAAAACACAUUGCAGAGAAGAAUGGCUACUUAGGUCAUGUAAUCAGAAAAGCUCUCAAUGCUUAUCUGGAGCUUUCAUGGCAUGAAGCUCUGCUGCAUUACAUUUUAGCAGCUGAAACUGGGAUUGAAGUGUCACAGUCAAAUUUGGCACACAUCUGUGAAGAGAGACCAGACCUAGCAAGAAAAUACCUAGCAACUGAUUGUGUCUGGAGAUACUACAAUUUCUCAGUUUCUCAAGUCAAUGCUCCAUCAUUUGCUUAUUUGAAGAUGGGAGAUUUCUACUACUAUGGCUACCAGAACCAGUCUAAAGACCUGGAGCUGUCCAUGCGGAUGUACGCCCAGGCUGCCUUGGAGGGGGAUUCACAGGGUUUCUUCAAUUUGGCCCUUGUCAUGGAAGAGGGCAACUCCAUACCUUCCUACAUUCUGGAUCACUUGGAAAUUGAUCAGGCAUUGCAGUCUAGUAAUACAUCACUUCUUCAGGAGCUGUAUUACAGGUGCUGGAAUAAUAGUAACCAAGAAUCAAUUAGCCCAUGUUCAUUAGCAUUGCUUUAUUUUUACAUGAGAGUUCUCUGGAACAAUAUUUUACACUCUACUCUGAUCUACUUCAUGGGAACCUUUCUUUUAUCGAUUCUUGUUGCAUUUGCAGUGCAGUCUUUUCAGUCUUUAUCUGCUCGUAAUUCUCCUGGAAGAAGAUCAGAACCAUUGUCACAUGAUGUCCCUUCUUCCUCAUGGAAUGACAGUGAGGAUGCUACCAGAGCAGAGCAGCAAGAUGAACCUACUCUUUCAAAUGAUUUAUCACAGCAGGAGUCAAACCCUCAGAGUCCUCUUGGCACCAGCUGAGGUGUAGUUUUCUUAAGGUUGACAUCCAUUGGGAAGACAGGAUGUGAGCAACUACGAAUCUAAGAACUGGCAACCAACCCUGUACAUGGCAUUAAUAAUGCAGUCCAACAGCUGAAGUUGUAGGGAAGUUCACUGAUUUGACUUCUCCACUAUAGAGGAAAACCAUCCCUAUAAUUUAUUUAACUCCAAACCGAUGAUGCAGAUUAUCUCACGAUACCCAACACAUGAUCAUACUGUGCAUCAUGGAAGGACCUGGAAGGAAACCUGCGAAGUCUAUGCCUAAUUGGAAAAUAAGCAAACAUCCCACAGGUUUUAAUUAAGUUUAACUUACACGUCUUAUCUCUUAUUAAAUUGCUUUUACUGCAUUUGAGCUUAUUUAUUGGUGAAAUUAGCAAAGUUUUCCAAGUCUGAAUCAUGGAAAUUACAUAAAAGUGAAAGCCAGUCACCCAUACUUUCCAAGUUCCAUGGAAACCAGUCAGGACUUCAGUACAUGCAAUGGUAACAAUGAGUUUUUUGGCAUUUUAUAUUCCAUGCUGAUUUUUCAAUGUGAAAAGUGGUUUGUUUUGAAAGAAAACACACCAGGAAUAUUUGCAAUAUGGUCAUAACCUAUUAGUUAUGAUUGCAAAUUUUAGUCAAAGUUUUACCAGCAUCCACAUUUCCUGGUGGACACAACAAAACGUUUCUCUUCCUGCCAAGAGCCACUGAUCAGAGAAAGGAGCUCCCCAAUGAAUAAAUAAAAUAAUAUUUAAGUGUGAUCAGGUGACACAAAGUGAACAAAAAAUUAUUUUUGUAUUCUUCUGUAGAUAACACUGGCAAGGAUUUAUUUCAUGUUCUAGAAUGACUCUAAAAGACACAUAUUUAAGUGACAGUUUAUUUGAUAAAUGUUGGAUGGGACAUAUGAUUUAAAGCUGUCUGUAAAGCAGCUGUAGGAAGGAUCUAACCUUUACAGCAGGUGUGCAGCAGUUACCUCUGCAAAAUGAUGUAGAUCACAGACUAUAAAUUGCAUCAAUCUAUGCAUUAUUGAGGGUUAAAUCCACUUGCCUUGCACUACAUUAUUAGUCUUGUAAAUAAAAAUAUUUUUUUAAUUCAGCCUGUAUGGAGGAAUUUCUUUUAAGGCACCUCUUGGAUGAAAUACUAUCUUGCUGUUGCAAUCUCUCAAGAUCAUUAUUUACAUGUCUGUUUUCUUAGCUUCACAUGAGACAAUCAGCUUUCACUUUCUUUGAGGAAUACAGUCUUCUCACAGAACAAACCUGAAAUAUUUUGUUUUGUUUUUCAAAACAAAAGAGCAAGGCGUAGGAGGUUUUAAUAAGAAAAGAAUGAUUCAAAAGGAAAAAAAAUCUUUGACCUUCAAAAGAGAAUUUUAUAUUUAUAUAUAAAUGUCUAUACCUACAUAUCAUCAAAGCAUGGUUUCACUUGCAGAAAACUGAAAAUUCAAAAGUGUUGAGAGAAGAGUUGGUGCUUUGAGGCAGCAGCUCCCUUGACAAGUCAAUGAAGGGAUGAAAAUAAAGAUCUUGAAGCUCCUCCCCCUCCCACUGAGAAAGUAAAUUGUGUCACAUUACCAAGUUACCGAGUUUUUCAUUUAUUUGAUCAAGAACUGUGCAAAGAAUACUUUUUGUUCUUAGUACAGUUGAAGAUACAUAUUUUAUUCUUUCUAUGUAUAGGUAGGUAUUUUAAUGUGUUAGAAAGGAGCUUGACUUUUACGUACUAAACUGUUGUACUCACUGGGGUUAGAUUAUGUGUACUUGAUAUCCAUUGCAAAUGGUCCCUGUUAUUUUUGAGUCUGUUUUGAGUUGCAAAAACUUGUGCAGCUAAAUUUAAUUAUAUCAAAAUCCUUAACAAAGUUAUGGCUAUUUCAAGAGCCCUCUCAACUGUCACCUUAAUUUUUGUCACCUAAUAAAAGAAGGCUGUGCAUCUGUAUUAAAACUGGAGCAGGUUUAGAUGGUAAACCCAGAAGCAUUGCAGAAAGUCAGGUGUAGCCCCUGAAGACAAGCAGACAAAUGUCACAACAUGGGUACAGUGUUAGGUUAGGUACCACAUGGCACGCACAGUUAGAUGUUCCCAAAAUACUGUUUGGGCCUGCAUAAGACAAAUCUUGCUUAUAGUUAGCUACACAUUAAAGGUGUAUUUUGCUACAAAUGUCACAUGUACCAAAACUGAAGCCCCUGGUGAAACACUAAUCCCAUAGGAGUUUGUCAGUGGUGGUGAUUGCAGCCCAGGUGAUGCAAUCUGGGAGUUCUCCAAGCAGCAGUGGUUUAGAUUGAGUAAAUACAGGUCAGAGUUAAGUGUUAGCACUCCAGCUCACUGUUUUCCUCGCUAAAGCCCAUGUUCUGAACUCUAGGUAUUAACUAAUUUGAAGAGUUCUGCCAGAAACACAGUUCAACAUCUAUAUUUCAGAAGGCAAUUGCUGAAGCUACAAUAUAUUUCACAAUGCCAGCAGUUAAUAGUUCCAUCUUUGUUUAUUGUUACCUAUUAUAUCAGAAGUUCUACCAAAGUAUUUUAAGAUAAGCAGCUCUUCACAAUAAACUGACAAUCCUGAAGGCUAAAA